AUGGCUGGGCGAACCCUACUUACCGCCGAGGAAGAGAAGAGGCUGCUAAGACGAGUGGAUUGGCAUUUGAUGCCAUUAUGUUCACUUAUUUUCUUGUUCAAAAACUUGGACUCAGACAAUGUUUCAAAUGCGCGAAUCAUGAACCAGGGAACUCAUCAAAAUAUAAUGACUCAGCUUGGCAUGACAUCCGACCAAUAUAAUCUAGUAACAGUAUUAUACUAUUCGAGAAUCAUAAUUACCUGGGGAAUUUGCUUGAUGUUGCAUGCAGCCGUACACAACAAGGGCGGAUUAUAUGCCACGCGAUUUUUGCUUGGUCUUGCAGAGUCCGGACAAUUUGCAGGUAUUCUUUUACAGAUGUGUUAUUGGUAUCGACCAGAUGAAAUGUCUUUGAGGCUACUGUACUUUUGCGGCCUUUUGGCUUUUGCGUUUGAUCAUGCAUCUGGCUCACAUGGGCUUUCAGGGUGGCAAUGGCUCUUUUUGACAGAAGGUGCCUGUACCGUAGUCUUCGGUAUUGCAGUGUGGUUCCUUCUUCCAGACUUCCCGGAAACCGCCAGCUGGUUGACAGAUACUGAAAAGGCUUUCAUUCAAGCCCGGUUACCCCCAAACGCACCAAGAGCUAAAGAACAAAACUUCAACUUUAGUGAAAUUGUUGAUUCACUCAAAGAUGUGCGGCUUUGGCUAUUUACGUUGAUCUGGGCGAUAUAUACCAUCGGUACCAACGGUGUACGCUUCUAUCAGUCAACUGUCAUUGCAAAUUUAGGUUUUACGAAUAUCGCUACUGCGCAAAUUCUCAACCUACCUAUUACAGCCACUUCAUUGAUAGUAAUUGGCGUUUCCGGAGUAUUGGCCGACAGUGGUCGAUAUCCAAGACCAAUGUAUCCUCUCGGAUGUUUGCUAAUUAUUAUUGCCUACUAUGCGGUACUUGUUGCGUAUCCCAAUAACGCUAGCGUUUAUACGGCCACGUUGAUUGGCAACGCCUUCGCAGCCAGCUGGUAUCCCCUUAUGUGGCCCUGGCGAGUCCAAACCACGAGUAGAGCUACGGGCACCGCAUUUGGACCUAGAGUUACAGCUGUAUAUUAA